AUGGUAUGGUUUAGAGUGGGUAGGAAAACUUUGGUAGAAGUCAUUUAUGAUAGAAUAUCUUACCAAUUUGAAGCUAGCACCUUUAUUGCCUGUAUUAGAGAAGAAACUAGAAAUCGUGGUUUAGUUUCUUUACAAAAACAACUUCUUUCUAAAAUCUUCAUGGAAAGGGAAAUAAAUAUAUGGGACGAUCGUGAGGGAAUGAAUAUGGUACAGAAUAGACUGUGUUAUAAAAAUGUAUUUUUAGUCCUUGUUGAUGUGGACAGAGAAGAACAUUUAACAGCAUUAGCUGGGAGCCAUUAUUGGUUUGGCCCGGGGAGUAGAAUCAUUUUAAAGGGCAGAGAUAACCAUUUAUUGAAAAGACAUGGAGUGAAUUAUAUCUAUAAGGUUAAUGAGUUGAAUAAUGAUGAAGCAUUGCAGCUCUUUAGUUUGGCAAAUUUCAAGAAGCCCUAUCCUGAAGAAAAUUAUGUGGAUUUAUCCAAAGGCUUUGUGAAAUAUGCUCAAGACCUUCAUUUAGCUCUCAAAGUUUUAGGGUCCUCCUUGGUUGGUAGAGGAACAAAUGCAUGGAAAGGUGCUUGGGAUCAACUGAAAGCAAAUCCUAAUAAAGGAAUUUUAGAUAUACUUCAAGCAGGUUUUGAUGGAUUGGAGGAUUUGCAAAAGAAACUAUUUUUAGAUAUUGCUUGUUUUUUCAAUGGAGAGGUCUUAGAUAACAUUUUAAUGGAUAUAUUAAAAGGUUUUGGUUACUACCCCUACCUCAAUAUUGAUAUUCUCAUGGAGAAAUGUCUUAUAACCAUCUCAUCUAAAAGGUUGAGGAUGCAUGAUUUUCUACAAAAAAUGGGUCAAGAAAAAUUUUUUGAUGAAUCCCAAGAAGAGCCUGUCCGGUGUAGUAGAUUGUGGCAUUAUAAGGAUGUCCUUCACGUGUUGAAAAAUAAUACUAGUUUUGGGAGUUUGAAACGCUUUGAUCUUAGUGACUCUCAAAACUUGUUGGAGACACCAAACUUCACCGGAGUCCCAAGUCUUGAGACACUAGACCUUGAUGGUUGUACAAAUUUAUCUAAGUCUUACAAACGCCUUAAAAGCUUUCCAAAUGAGAUUAACUCGAAGUCUCUUGAACAUUUUUAUCUUUCUGAUUGUUCAAGAUUUGAGAAGUUCCCAGACAUUGUGGAAAACAUGACUACAUUGCGUUUGUCAUCUCUUAAAAUUCUGGAUGUAUCUGAUUGCCUAGCACUUGGUGGAAUUCAAGACAUGAAUGGUGAGGGGUAUCUGGAACAAUUGUAUAAUGGUGGAACUGCUAUCAAAUUUACUAAGUUUUUCACAAUGCCAGAGUUUGGCUCAAAUGAUGCUUGCUCUACGCAAUAA